AAAAUGAGUUCUGCAGACAAAAACAGUGAAGUUGAGGUGGAGAAUGUUGCCGCUGCGGAGGAAAAGGCAGAAACGAAGGAGGUGAAAGGAGUCAAGCGGCCCGCCGACGAGAAAACCGCCGAAACGAAAAAAGUAAAGAAGGACGAAAACGGUGCCGGCGAAGAAGAAGAAGAAGUGGAAGAUGAAGGAGAGGAACUGGAGGGAGAGGAUGAAGAAUACGACCUUCCAUACGGUGAUGAGGAAGACAUUGAAGCGGAAGGUAAGUUAUGCUCCCGUAUAGCUAUUUCUAUUGGAAGUGGUACUGGUGGUAGCAAAAAAAAAAAUAUUCCGUUAGUAUCAAAUACGACAUAA